CAAUGCCCCUCUGUCUUUCUCGUCCAAAGUGUGCUAUAUAAAGUACCGGGACCCCUCCAGUGUUUGUGUGGCGCAACAUCUCACCAAUACUGUUUUUAUUGACAGAGCUUUGAUAGUGGUGCCAUGUGCGGAAGGUGAGUGAAUGUCGGUUUCUUUAAAGUAAUACAAAUGCAAUGUACGAAUUGCUAUGAGGUCGUCCCUUUUGAAUCCAACCGUUUGGUGUUUUGGUUGAAUUAUGGGUUGUUUUCUUUUUCUCACAUGGAGUUGUGCCAGUUGGGUAGUCUUGAUUUUAGCCACUGAUGACGCUAGUUUUGUACACAGGUGUCUGGUUGUAUCACCCUAAAAAACCUAGCCAUCUUAUUUCCUGUAGUGCCCAGCCAAGGUUUCUGUUUGCUGUCACAAGGUUGUUUCUAUCAUUAGAGCAGUGAUGACUGUUUUCGAAGCUCCACUACAUCGCUUUACUCACUGUAAACACUGGAUUAUGUGAAACAAGUAGCUUGUGUAUUUUCUUUAAUAAACUGCCAUUACUUGUUUCAUGAAAAUAAGUCCAUGGUAUCACAGUUGAAUUAAUCCCCUUUCUCUCGCUUUCAUUUUUGGUGCUCCUUUUUCUUUAAACCUGCCUCUCUUGUGUACAGUCAAACAAAUGAUAUCACCUCUAACUUGAUGCUUUUUGUCCACCUGACUUGGUGCUGGAUGGCUACUGAGUUUAUUAAUUUGGUUUUGUAUGUUUUUUCUGUGUGAUUAUGUGUGCAUAUCAGAUGACUAGACUGGCCCAGCUGUUACACUACACUAGCCUGAGUCAGGCAUUGUUUUCCAAGCCACUAUCCCCGAUCGGGCCAACGCAGCCUUCAAGGGGGAAUGUGACCAGGAGAAUAGCCUGCUGAGCCUUCCAAGAUGGACACCUUGUCUCUUUUUAUUUAUUUAAUUUUUUAUUUUGGUUUGUUUCCUUUCAUACUUUCCCAUGUUGUCCACUCUCUACUGUCUCUAUCUAGAAACUAUAGUACUGCUUAUCUCUAGCUUUGUGUUUAUAUUUGUUAUUUUGGUUUGUUGUUUUGAUUAUUGUCCAACCCCCACCCCCCUCUCUCUUCCUGCUACAGCUGCAGCUUGUGUGUGAUUGAAUUCUGUCCAGGUUGCUACGGCAUACCGGUGGGAUGUGUAUCACACAUGGGAUGCUAGGAGGAUCACUAACACUUUACUCUCUUGUCGCCUACACCUGUUCACAUAGUGAGGAGCUAGACAUUAUGAAUGUGAGAACUAGUAGAAUAUUUUAAAUUCUAUUUACACUCACAUUACAGCUCUGCUAUGGAUGUUUAAUACAUUAUAAUAGCACAAAGUCACUCCAUUCAACAUCAUCUUUUCUUUUCAACAUGUGACACAUGAUUUAAAGCUUUGCGUCGCUAUUUGUUUUAUAUAUUUCCAGCACUAGAAGAACAUUUCCUGUGGUAAUCAUGCUCAGGGCUUCCAGCUACAAUGAACUGAAUUUGUAUAUGUUGUUUCUUAGUGGUCUUAACGUAGCUCUCUUCUCCAGCUAUAAAAGCAGCAACCCUUAAUGGAAGUGGAAUCAGAACAAAUAAAUCCUAAUUGGUUGUUUUUAGUCUUGGCUAACAUUUCCUACAGUUCUUAAAAUUGUUGUUCUUCUCUGUAUCUGAUGUCCUGUGUGCUAUUAGUGAUGCAGCCAUUGGGGUUGUCUUGUGUUGCACACCUUUCCAACACUGCGAAACGAUCGCCCCCACGGAAAAGCGCCCAUGCUUGAUAUCGUAUGGUUCAUGACCAAUAUGUUUCCAGUACAGGGAAAAUCCCAGAAGAGGCCAAAGCCUUGUCUCUUUUGGCACCUGCCGCUCCAGCACCUAGUCUGAUUCCUGGUGGGGGGCUGCUGCCAAUUCCUACUCCCGCUCCCCUUCAGAAUCUGAACGUCCCUGCAGUGAGUCGGCUGUCAGCUGCUCUGGACCCCACAGCAUCAUCACUCACCCAGGCCCCCCUCAUGGGAAAUGUGGACCCCUCAAAAGUGGAUGAGAUCAGGAGGACCGUCUAUGUUGGCAACUUGAACUCACAGACCACCAAUGCAGACCAGCUGCUGGAGUUCUUCAAGCAGGUGGGCGAAGUGAAGUUUGUGCGAAUGGCUGGAGAUGAGACCCAGCCGACACGCUUCGCCUUCGUAGAGUUUGUUGGCCAGGAGUCCGUCAACAGAGCCCUGACCUUCAAUGGAGUCAUGUUCGGAGACAGACCGCUGAAGGUGAAUCAUUCCAAUAACGCCAUAGUCAAACCCCCAGAGAUGACGCCACAGGCUGCAGCUAAGGAGCUAGAAAGUGUGAUGAAGAGGGUGAGGGAAGCACAGUGUACCAUUGCUGCUGCCAUAGAUCCAGCUGACUUAAAGAAAUGCUCCCCCAGUCGCUCUCGGAGAUUAUGUCGCUCCCGCUCACUGUCAAGAUCCCGCUCUUGCUCAAAAAUGCACAGGAAAAGAUCCCGCUCGAAACAAAGCAGACCAGCGCCAAAGUUGUGUCCCAGGAAUGACUCCCACAAUUCCCGGAGCAGCCACAGGAGGAGCUCUCUCUCCCGAGACAAGAAACAUAGUCGCAGUCGCUCUAGGGGCCAUAGGAGGAAGAGUAAGGAUCGCUCAAGGAGCCCCCGGAGGAAAGCAAAGUCACCCUCCCCAAAAAGAGGAAGGAAAGACAAGAGGAGGGAGCGCAGCAGGGACAGGAAGGAGCGCUCAACAUCCAGGAAGAGGAGCCGCAAGGACGAGGAGAAGAUGAAGAGCAAGGCCAAGCCAAUGAAGGUGGAAAGGGACUACGACAGGGAAGAGAAAGACGAAUAUGAAAGUGACAGAGAGGACACGCUCAGUGAGGACAUGAUGUCAUCACCCUGCGCCCAGCAGAACGGCAGCUACAAGACUCACAAUGAAUAUGCAUCAAUGGGUGCGGACAACAAGGGACUAUUCCAUCGCCAUGGAAACUAACCCUUUUUUUCGUCAAAUUAUGCAGCACCCAUCACAUGAGUAUAACCUCAUAUGCAGCAGAUAACCACUAACAACAGCAUGUUUGUCUCAUCACCAUCAUCAUCAUCACCAUCAUCACCAUCAUCAUCACCAUCAUCAUCAUUAUCAUCAUCAUCAUUAUCAUCACAACCUGAUUUCUAAAGCACAUCGUUGCAUGGACGCUGUUAUUCAUUCUCAAUAUCCCACUUUAAGGGCACUCGUAAGAUUUUGGGACUUGCAGCAGGUACACUUGAUACAAUGUACAAAAUCAGUACAACACUAAAUAAUACAAGCUUAGGAACACCGCAACAAUAACUGAACUUUAGACGUAUUGGAUUGCAUAACCCAAUAUAAAACAACAAAUGUUGCUUUCUAUUCCUCCAGUAAACAUCUCAACCACACUUAGUUGUUCAAAAAGCCUUUAUUGCCUUCAAAAUGAUCAGUAUUUGUGUAAUAGUGUAGUAAGUAUUCAUAGUUCAUAGUAAUGGUCUGCAAAGGCUAAAAUCCCCACUGACGGCAAGCUGCUGUUUUCUCAAUGCAUAGACAACUCACUUUAACUCUGACUGACCUAAUGCUUGGUCAAAAAAUGGGUGCAGCUCUGUUAAAAAGGCGCUUUUAUGCUUUUUGUAUAUGGAUCAGCAAAGACUAAAAUCGGAAAGUUAUCACCAGAGGGAGUUUCUCUCCAACACCCUCAUUAAUAGGGCCAUUUUUCACAAAAACUAAAACAUCCCUCUCUCUGACUGAGGUCUCAUGGGGUGUAACUGUUUUCUCUAAGUCUGCUUCUCUGGCCUUGGUGUGGCUGUGACAACAACUUCCCGUUUUCUGCUGGCUUAUUUACUGAGUGAAACAAAUGGUAACUUUUAAGGUGUAAGAACAUGAAGGAGUGUAUUGAAAAGUUGCCCUUUGUGGCGUUAAAGGGAGAUUUGACAACCAGGUUGGUGAAAUGUCCUUUUUCUCCCUGCUCUGCCUCCUGGAACCGGUCAACUGCUGUUGAGACUUGAAGUGUUGUAAUGUGAGAAUGCAAAAUUGUGUAUACUGUUCCUUUCAACAUGUUGCUAAUGUGUUUUAUAAAAAGAAAAAUGUCUGAUAUGGUCACCAUGAAUACAUCGUUUUAUAUUUUGUUUUAUGAGUGUACUUUCACUUGCUUUUAUAUAUUUCAGGCUAGUUGCUAAAUCAUAGCUGUCACAAUGUUUAUUUUUCCUGUUGUUGUUGUAAUGCUGUGAGAUAAAAAAAAAAAAGAAGGUAUUUACUGUUUUUUAAAUACUAAAAAAGCCUAUACUGUAAAAAAGAUGAUGGUGGUGUGCAAAAUGUGUGUUAACUCAUAUUGCUCUGAAGAAAGUGAGACGCAAACAGAGCCUGGAUAUGUCAAAGGUCAAAUAACUACUUGCACGCACAGAAGGGUCAAAAAGUGCCUAGACUAAGAUUGUACAGAAUAUUCUAAUGAAAUAUGGAGACUUAUUGACAGAUGCAACUUGGAAUUAUUGUUUAGGAUGUAAAAUACGUGAAGUUUAUGAGAUGUUAUAUUUAAGUAUUGUCAGCUGUCUUUAGUAAUGAAUAGAGUAGAUUGAACCUUCAGUGAAUUUGUCUUUUAUUUCACAAUCUGUUCUAUCAUUUUUUAAUUUGCUGUUCAGUUUGCAUAAUUGUGAUUGUGUCAAAGAUGUGUCCGCAAACUGGCUCCGCAUUAAAAUCAGUGCUUUUAGGAAAGCUUUAAUUUUAAAUGGAAUUUAAAUUCCACCUUUAUGGCUUUUACAAACCUAAUAGGUUAUUUUCUUUUUCUUUUCCCGUUUUUUUCAUUGACACAAAGCUUCAGUUUGAAGUGGUGAAGUCGUGAUAAUGUUUAAUAAAAAAUAAAAAAACAUUUUCAACACAAUAACACAAACCAUAUUUUGUAUCCACCAUGUAUUGUCAAUAUGUAGAAAAGAUUCAUGGUUUGUUCCUGGGGAUAAGGCACUUGAUAUCUGUGUUUGGGACUUCAUCUGAAGGUUUGGUGAAAACACUGUUUUUGAAGAGCCUGGAUGUAUGUGCUCAUCCUCAGUUUGAAACUGACAAAACAUCUGAUCUGUUUCCAAAAACACUCAAUAAAGACACUUUUCAUUCA